GGUAUGGAGAAGCCCUCUCGGCAACUAUGCCAGUCUAGGUCGCUUACAGUCAAAAGGAUGAGCGGAUGGCUCUCUCCGGCCCGGUUGCAUCUUAUAUAUACACGAUGGGACCCGUUGUCGGGAUUGCGCCAGUGGGACUUAAAAGCUUGUUGUGGCUGAUCCAAGACGCCCAGCUUUGCCCAGCUUUCCGACCAAGACAUCGUUGCCAAGCGUCGAACACACAAUGCGUCUGCUAGAAAUCACCACGGGCGUGGCAGCCCUUCUGGGCGCGGGCUUUGUCCAAGCUGAAGUACCGCAACUGCCCGUGCCAGCCUCGUGCAGCGGCGUGACCGCCUCCACGUAUCAGAACACUGUCGCGUCGGGAUGGAAGAUGAUGAAGAUAGCCGGGAACCUGAAGCAGGUGCGGACCAUCGUCUUCGACCCCCUGGGCAACAUGCUCGUUUCCGAAGCCACAAAGGGCCUCUCGGUGCACACCUUCGGCACCAACGGGUGCAUCAACAGCUCGACCACGCUGGUCAGCAACAACCAGCUCAACCACGGGCUGGCCAUCACCCCCGACGGCAAGACCGUCUAUGCCAGCUCCGAGAGGACGGCAUGGUCGUGGGCCUACGACCCGGCCACGAGGCAGGUCUCCGGCCAGAAGGUUGUCGUCAACGGCAUGGACACCGGGAUCCACUCGACGAGGAACCUGUUGGUGGUGCCGUCGCAGCCAAACAUGAUCCUCCUCCAGGUCGGCAGCAAUGCCAAUCUGGACAUGGCCGCUGCAGACAAGGCCACUGGUCGUGCCAUCAUCAAGAUCUUCGACGUGAGCAAGGCGCCCGCGAACGGCUUCAACUACAAGACGGACGGCGAGGUGUUUGGCUACGGUCUUCGCAACGAGAUUGGCUUUACCACGGACCCGAACGGCAUGGUCUGGGGCGUUGAGAACAGCGGUGAUGACCUCACCCGGACAACAAACGGCCGCCGGGCUGAUAUUCACAUUGACAACCCAGGCGAGAAAUUGAACUUCCUCGGUGACCCGCUCAAGAUCCGUGAUGCCUGGUACGGGUACCCCACGUGCUUCUCGGUCUGGGACCCUUCGUCGUUCGCCGGCGAGACUCCAGCGCUCAAGACGGGCAGCCACUUUGUGCUCGCGCCCAACGCCACCUACACGGACGCGAACUGCGCCUCGGCGUCGAAGCCGCGGCUGAGCUUCCAGGCCCACAGCGCGCCCAUCUGGAACACGUUCGACGCCGACGCCAAGAACAUGUACGUCACUUUCCACGGCUCGUGGGACCGGCAGCCGGCGACGGGCUUCAAGGUGGUCCAGAUCCCCUUCACCAAGCUCGACAACGGCCAGUACGACCCCGUCGCCCCCGCCGACAGCAUGAAGGGCUACAACGACAUCUUCUCCGCCAGCAACCCCGCCAGCUGCACCGCAAACGGCCUCACCCAGAGCAACUGCUUCCGCCUCACCGCCGCCACCUGGGACCCGGCCGGCAGGGGCCUGUUUGUCGGCAGCGACAACAGCAAGGAGGGCGAGAUCUACCUGCUGACGCCCCCGGCGAAGUAAGCUUGCUCGUGUGCUGUCUGUGACGGAGAAGUGGGUGAGAAACAG